ACUGCAGUCAGUUAUGAACUAACUGAUCUGGAAGAAUUUACAGUCUACUAUGUUCAAGUAUUUGCUGAAACUUCUGUUUCAGGAAAACUCUCAGACAUAGUUGAUGCAAAAACUUUUGAAGAUGGUACGGCCUGUAACUUUGAAUUUUUUGUUAUGUCAUGUUACUUACUUUACACUCGAACAGUAAUCUGGGACGUCAGCGUACAAAUGCGCCACAGGCUUCCACCAUUGGUCCAUUUGUGAGGUCAAUGUAACCCUGGAUUUUGUGAUAAGUGAAGUGAUUACAAAUGUACAUGUAGACUACACCAUCUUGUUUUCUUUCUUUUCUUUUUCUAUUAAACGUACAGCUCCAAGUGCUCCCCCGGUCAUUGAUAAAGCGAAAACUGAAGCUGAAGAUGCUCACACUAUCAGAGUCACAUGGGAAGAGAUUGCCGAGAAGGACCAAAAUGGUAUCAUAAUCGUUUACACAGUGGCAUACAAAGUGGAAGAUCAACCUACACAGUUAAGCCUCAAUACAACUGAUAAAAAUACAGUUAUCAAAGGACUUAAGCCAUACACAAGCUACUGUAUUAGAGUACGGGGCUAUACUAAGAUUGGACCUUCAGAUUGGUCUCCCUGUACCACAGUGAAGACGUUACAAUCAGGUGCGGUAUAGUUCCCCAAGUUUGAUCAGUUUGAAGCCACAAACCGUAGAGAAAAAAGAAAAUACAACGAAACAAAAACAAACAAACAGAAAAGCCACCGGUGUUUGUGACAAGGAAGCGUCUUAGUUAAGUUUGAGGCAAUUUUAUUGAACCUGUGUGUUUAAGAUAAUGACCUUUUAUCAAUUUAUGUGUGUGUGCGUCGUAUAAUUCUUUUUAUUUUUAUCUCAUUUAAUUCUCUCUGCUUACUUUUGCCGUAGUUUCUUUAUCAAGUAAAUUGUAAAUAUCCCAAAACGUUCCGACGAAUAAGUGAAAAUGAUUGGACGAAAAUUUUGUCCGACAUUAUUUCCAUUCGAAUAUCUGUCACCAGUAUGUUUUCGUAAUCUGCAAUUGUAUUACAUAUAUUUGGGAACCGUUCUAGGUGAUUUGGGGAUCUAUUUAUGACAAUGACUUGAGUUUUGGAAGCCAGUCAGAACUAAAACUGGUUGAACGGCAGUGGAAGUAUAGUAAAGUUUACUAACAAAGGAGUUAAAACUGUAGGUCCAAGUCGUCCACUAAGUGUUGUCGUGGAAGCUUCUUCAUCCACAACCAUUGAUCUAAAGUGGAACGCACCAGCAGAACCAAAUGGAAUCAUACACAACUAUUUGAUUGAAUACGGGAAAGACCCUGAUCAGCAAACCACUGAGAAAGUCGUUACAGACCGCACAUUUGAAUUCACCUUAACUGGAUUAGAAAAAUUUACAACCUAUUACAUCAAAGUCAGGGGAAAAACAAGCGAGAGAGGGAAUGCUUCAGAAGUAUUAAAUGCUACAACGUCUGAGGACCGUAAGUAGUUAAGCCCCGUGCAAACGGACGCAACAUUUUUGGAUGUUACAUGUUGCGUCCGUUUGCACACCCUGUUGCAUGCCGUUGGAUGUUGUUGCGUGUUGUUGCGCAAAGUUUGAAACCGGCCACACUUUUCAUCCAACAACUCCCAACAUUUUUUUUGUUCCGUGAUCGCCGGAGCGUAGCGCAACAAUGUUGGAUCCGUUUGCACAACUCCUCCAACAUUGUUGGGGCCACGCACGCUCAUUACACAUGGUUUACAAAGACUUAUGGGUUGUAUCCUUCCUACGAUACACUGCAGGUCCCAACAUUGUUGGAAGUUGUUGCAGCCGUUUGUACACCACUGCCAAGACGCACGCAACAACUCCCAAAAUUGUUGGCGCAACAAUGUUGGGAGUUGUUGCGUCCGUUUGCAAGCGGCAUUAUUUAUUUAUCUAUUCUUUGUAAAUAUUCAAGUGUCAUGGUUCUGCGUAUUAUUUAAGAACCUUGGAGUAACCGUAAUCUGAGUUUUUCACGCAAACGUUCAGACGCAGCUGUAAAACGCGUUUCAGAAAGCCUUCCCUAAAAAUCUCGGUAGCAUAGCGUUUCUAUGGCACUUGAUUGAGCAAAGGCAGCUAAGGCGAUAGAGCACCAGUCAGCCUCCUGUGGCAGUUUUAAAUCCUACCCGUUCUGCAGUAUGACAGCAGCGUUCUCCUUAUCAUGCGGUAACCAGCAAAAUUUACAGCCUGAAUCAACACUUCUUACCGUCUGCAACCCGCUUCAAAGUUUACUAAAGUUGAAUAAGUAGUUUUUAAAAAUACGCAAGUUGUGAUCCGAUCCGAUCCGAUCAAGGAAAUGAAUGAAUAUAUUAUGGGAAAGUACUAAAGUAUACACAGCUUUCCUUUUUAUGGGCACGCAUUUUGGAAAGAGAACAUUGAAGACAGAGUAAAAUUAUUGGGAUCAAACGUUUUAAAUUGUUGUCUAAAGAUAACAACGGCCAAUUUGCGUAAAAUAGGUCUUACGGUGAAUUACGUUUCAAAUAACAUAGCUCCUCCUAGGGCGGGGUCACGUCCCUCACUCCACUACCCCCCUCCCGCCAUCAGGAAAGUGCACCUCUGGGGGAUACUUUUACCUGACAGGCCAUGAAUGGUCCCUUGCCUGCUGAGCUAACAGUUAGGGAGAACACUGCUGACAUCUACAUACGACCUUUGGUGAGAUCACUGUUGCUGUGGUAACACGUCAGGGUUUCUCUAAUUCAGACAAUCGUUGAUUGACCAUGAUUGAAAUGGAAGCUAUCGGGCUCUUCUUCAUUUUUUCGUUUCCGGAUUCAAAUAGGGGAUGUGAACCAAAAUGUUUCUUUUGGUGGGAAUGUUGGGAUUUUCAACACACCCAACCACUAUGAACACGCAUGGCGAGCGGACGUGUAUUAUUCAGCUCCGUCAAUUUGUAAUGUUUUUCUCUUUGCAUUUCUUCUACUGGAUUUUUGUCUUAGCUUAAACAUUUCUAUUAGCAUUUUGUCUUAGUUUAAACAUUUACAGAGGAAUUAUUUUCAUGGGGAAACCAAAGAAACAUCAAUCGUCUGAUGCUGCAGCGGACGAAUUGAACUUGGAAACUCUUAAAGAUGAAGGAGAAUUGGUCUCCAUUGCUACACUGAAGCAAAUGCUUGAUGUUCAGCAGUCCAUGCUUAAAACGCUUUUCGAUUCCUUUAUCUCCACUGUCAAUGCAAGAGUCGAUAAGUUGGCAGACUCAGUCGCGUCUCUCAAAGCAAGCCUUGAAUUUACACAAAAGGAUGUCGGAGAUUUGUCGUCCUUAAAAUCGAAGCUCGUGGGCGCCGAAAAGGAUAUUGUUGAAAUCAAAAACACUGUGGAGCUUCAGGGAAACAAAAUAGAGUACCAGGAAAACCAAAGCAGACGGAACAACAUCAGAGUAUUCGGUAUACCAGAAUCGGCUGGCGAGACUUGGGAAAUGGCUGAAACGAAAGUGAAGGACGCCAUCAAGGAGAAGCUCAACAUUGAAGUUGACAUCGAGCGCGCUCACCGUGUUGAGCGUAGAAAGUCUGGAGGAAUCAAUCAACACCAAGCUGAUGCAAAGCCUAGAGUUAUUGUGUGCCGACUGAGUAGUUGGAAGCAGAAAGAAGCUGUAGUAAGAAAGGCAAGAAAGGAAAAACCAGAAGGACUGUUUAUUUGCGAAGAUCUUUCGCAAGCGACGCUUGAAAAGAGGAAACCUCAUUUGGAGAAGCUCAAGGCGGCCAAGCAAGCAGGAAAAUCAGCAUAUUUUAUCUUAGAUCGUUUGAUCAUUCGUGAUAAGCCCUCCGGUUCUUCAAAUGAUUAAGAUAAGUAUAUUGCAAAAUGUUUUUUGUUCGACUCAUUAAUGGAAGAAUUACCGUUUAUUCAUUUAAACGAAGAAGACUUUCGUUUGGCUAUAUUUGAGCAGUUAAAUGGACCUAUACGUUACGAUCCCGAUAGGUUAGCUAGCCUCAGGUUUAAUCCUUUAUUAUCUGAAACAUAUAAAAAAUUUAGCCUUUCUAGCCAUCAUGAUCCUGAUGCUAAUUUCUUCACGGAGUUAGUUGACUGCGAAUAUUAUACCGAAGAAAACUUCAAUGAAAUGUUGCAUCAGAAAAAUAUAUUAGAAGUCAAUAAUUGUUUAUCGCUUCUGCAUCUUAAUAUUCGUAGCCUUCAUCGUAAUUUGGAUAGCUUAACCACUUUGCUAAAGAAUCUAGAGUUGAGGUUCUCUUUUAUUGGUAUAACUGAGACCUGGCUUCGAGACUCAUCGCAUCAUACCGAUAUCUCAGGUUAUAAUUUUGUCCACAAUCCACGUAAAGAUAGGACAGGUGGAGGUGUAGGUCUAUAUUUAGCGGACAAUUUUGAUUUUAAAUGUCGACCUGACUUAGUUUUUUCUUGCACUGAAUGUGCUGAGUCUUUGUUUGUGGAAAUCAAUAGGCCGAAAGAGAAAAAUAUAAUUGUAGGUGUGGUUUACAGGCCACCAAAUUCAAAUUUACGAGAUUUUAUGAAUAGCCUGGAUUCGUUGCUUGCAAGUAUCUCUAAGGAAAACAAGAUUUGCUAUGUUUUAGGUGACUGGAAUCUAGACUUAAUCAACCACCAUUGUCACGACACAACUGGAGAAUUGUUAGAAACUAUGUAUUCAAGAAUGUUUUUUCCAUUGAUCACACGUCCGACAAGAAUAACUUCUAACACGGCUACGCUAAUUGAUAAUAUUUUCACGAAUAAUUUAAACAACUUAUCUGUUAGCGGGCUGAUGUUUUGUGAUAUAUCUGAUCAUCUUCCGAUUUUCACACUGCUUCUUGAUCAAAACAAGAACUUAAAUAAAACUUCUUGGCUUUCUUUUCGUGACAAAAGUGGAAAUAAUGUCGCUAAGUUUAAAGAUAGGCUUGCAAACGUUCAUUGGGAUGAAUUAUCUGAAUGUAAAGAUACUGAUUGCGCUUAUCGGUGUUUUCUUGAUAAAUACACUACCAUUUACAAUGACUGCUUUCCUCUCAAAAAAGUGAAAGUAAAGAAUGUUACUUUGAGCAAACCAUGGAUAACUAAAGGUCUUCUUAAAUCGGUAAGAAAAAAGAAUUUAUUAUACAAGCGUUUCCUUGCUAACCCAACUCCAUAUCGUGAGAAACUUUACAAGAGUUAUAAAAACAAAUUGACACAUUCCCUUCGCGUUGCUAAACGUCUCUACUACAAUAAAAAGUUAGAUGAAUAUAAAUCAAAUGCAAAAUCAACUUGGAAAUUACUUAACGAUCUUAUUAACAAGAAGAAAAUUAAGUGUAAGUUGCCUUCCAUCUUCAAAUCUAAUGAAGAAGAAAUAUGUAAUCCUACUCAUAUAGCAAACCGUUUUUGCGAGUAUUUUACGAAUAUUGGACCUAACUUAGCUAAAUCAAUUCCGGCGUCUGACAAAUCUCAUCGUUCUUUUCUGAAUGGAGGCUUUAUUAAUUCAUUUUUUCUUCAAUCGGCAUCAGAACAAGAAGUCACUGAGAUUUGUAGCAGCUUUCGAUCCGGUACUGCUCCAGGAUAUGAUAGUAUUUCAAUGAAUGUUGUUAAAGAGUCUUUUAACUUAAUCUGCGCACCAUUGACGUAUAUAAUUAACUUGUCUCUUAAUUCUGGAGUUGUACCCCAAGAGAUGAAAAUUGCACGAGUUAUUCCAUUGUUUAAAUCUGGUGAUAAAUCUUUGUUCACAAAUUACAGACCCGUAUCAGUGUUACCAGUUUUCUCUAAAUUCCUAGAGAGAAUCGUCUACAAUCGCCUCAUUAAUUUUUUAAAUAAAUAUGAUAUUCUUUCCCGGAAUCAGUAUGGAUUCAGAAAAAAUUAUUCUACUGCACAUGCUUUAAUCCAAUUGUAUGACAAGAUCUCAAAUGCACUUGAUAAUAAAAGGGUAACUUUAGGCCUAUUCAUUGACUUAUCUAAGGCCUUUGAUACAGUAAAUCAUGAAAUUUUGCUCGACAAAUUAGAACAUUAUGGAGUACGUGGUAUUGCUUUACAAUGGUUUAAAAGUUAUCUAUCUUGUCGAAAACAAUUUGUGCAAUAUAAUGGUUACAACUCUUCAUCAUUAGAUAUCACUUGCGGAGUCCCUCAGGGAUCUAUCUUAGGUCCCCUGUUAUUCUUAGUAUAUAUAAAUGAUCUAUGUAAUGUGUCAAAGGUCUUAGAGCUGAUACUAUUUGCUGAUGACACUAAUAUCUUCUAUUCGCAUACUGAUGCUUCCUAUCUUAUGGAAGUUGUAAAUUUAGAAUUGAAAAAGAUAACGUGUUGGUUUUAUACAAAUAAGCUAUCUAUUAAUGUUAAGAAAUCUAAUUUUAUCAUAUUCAGACCGAGACAAAACAGGCAAACACUUGAUUUAGCUUUUAAUAUUAGUAAUUAUUCGAUUGACCGUGUUAAGGAAGCUACUUUUCUUGGUGUAAUUUUGGAUGAACAUUUAACAUGGAAAUCACAUAUACAUAAUGUUGCUAGGAAAGUGUCUAAAGCCAUAGGUAUAAUUUAUAAAUCAAGUUUUUGCCUUAAUAAUUCCUCCUUACGGAUGCUUUAUUUUAGCCUUAUCUACCCAUACUUAUUCUACUGCGUGAGCGUCUGGGCAUCGACCUACCCAUCAAACCUCAGAAGAUUAAUCACACUUCAAAAACGGGUCGUAAGAAUAAUGUCGAGGAGUGCUUUCGAUGCUCACACUGACCCCUUAUUUAAAAAUUUAAAAAUUCUGAAUCUUGAGAGUAUCUACAAACUUCAAAUAGGAAAAUUUAUGUAUCAAUACAGAUCUGGCUUACUUCCUUAUAGCUUCAAUAACAUGUUUCUGGUGACACGCCAGGUGCAUUCUUAUGGCACUAGAAGUUCGGAGCAUUUUUAUUUACCACAAUGCAGGACUAAUAUAAGAAAGUUCUCCAUCAGUUUCCAAGGUCCUAAAUUUUUUAACUCUCUUAGUUUUGAAAUUCGAAAUGCAACAAGUACCGCUUCUUUUGCUGUAAGCUGAAAGCAUUCCUCUUAUCAUAAAUAGUAAUUUAUAUAUAUAUGUAUUUUUUUUUCUUCCUUUGCUCUUUUAUUUUCUUUUGUUUUGUUUUGUUUUGUUUUUUCUUUUUGUCAUUUCGCUUUUUUUAGCCUAGAACUAUGAUUAGUACGACUAUCUAAUAUACUUAUUUUAAGAUUUACUGUAGCUCUGCCAUAGAUUUUCCCGUGUGUAAUUAUGAUAAUAUUUUGUUCUAAUUAUCUAACUGAGGGAGCCCAUUCCUUAUAAGUCCGGUGGCUUCUCUUGGGCUUCCUCGCCAUGAGAGUUAAGGUAAUUAGAUUUUAUUUGAUUUGUAUAAUUUUUGGCAAACAAAACAAUAAACAAUAAACAAUAAACUAUGCUAUAAGAUUGCAAGAGACUUAAAAAAUAUCAGUGAGCCCUCCGAAUAGGGACACUAAGGUUAGAAGGCCAGGUGUUUGAAAGCAGUGCUACGACAACUAGUUGUUAACACCCCUGCUGCAAUUUAUUCAUUUUCGUUCUGCAUUUCUACAGGUCCUGGUGCCCCAACAAAAUUUAGUGGCAGAGUCUUAUCGUACAAAGAAAUUCUCAUUACAUGGAAAGAACCUGUUAAUGCCAAUGGAAUCAUAAGAUCUUACUAU